GUGACCGGAAACGGAGAGUCCUUGUCCUUGGUAUGCGGUGGCGCCUGGCGCGGGGUCUCUGGCGGCUGCGGGGCGGGAGCGCUUCCUUGGCCCGCCUCUCCGCGGCUGGGCUCCGAUGGCCGACCGGGCGCUUGCUCAGCAGCCAUCCGGCCCUGGGCAAGCUGUUCGAGAUGCCGGCCCUGCAGCGACUUCUAGACCAGCAACAGGAGGGGCCGGGCGGGGCCUCCCCUCAGCUGGCCGCGUGCGCCCGCCUCUUGCGGAAGAAGGAGCAGGAGCUCCGCGACACCGAGCGCUUGGCCCGCGAAGAUGAAAAUGAAGAUAUGCAGAAGCUUGCAGAAGAGGAAGUUGCUUCCUGUCUUGAAGAGAUAGCAGAACUAAAAAGACAGAUAGUAUCACUUUUGAUUCCUUUGGAGAAAACUGACGAAAGUGAUCUUAUCCUGGAAGUGAGUGCUGGUGUUGGAGGGCAAGAAGCCAUGCUCUUCACUGCAGAGUUGUUUGACAUGUACCAACGCUAUGCUGCAUAUAAAAACUGGCAUUUUGAAGUCCUGGAAUGUGCUCCCACUGAUAUAGGUGGUUUGAGACUUGCAUCUGCCAGUAUAGGAGGCUGUGAAGCAUUCAGACAAAUGAAGUAUGAAGGAGGAGUACAUCGUGUACAGCGAGUGCCUACAACAGAGAGGCAAGGUCGCAUGCAUACCAGCACAGUGACUGUAGCAAUAUUGCCACAGCCAAAAGAGAUAAAUCUGAGAAUUAAUCCUAAAGAUUUACGUAUUGAAACUAAACGAGCCAGUGGAGCUGGUGGUCAGCAUGUAAAUAAAACUGACAGUGCAGUACGAAUAGUCCAUAUUCCCACAGGAGUGGUAUCUGAAUGUCAACAAGAAAGAUCGCAGAUUAGAAAUAAAGAAAUGGCUAUGCAAGUCCUUCGUGCUAGAUUAUAUAAUCUCGAACUUGAAGAGGAAUCGUUGAAGAGAGAAACUUCCAGAAAGAUUCAGAUUGGGACCAAAGGAAGGUCUGAGAAAAUCAGAACUUAUAACUUCCUCCGGGAUCAAGUUACUGACCACAGAAUAAGCAGAUCAGUACACCGCAUUGAAAAAUUUAUGUUGGGAGAAGAACUACUAGAUGAAAUGAUACAGGCACUCAGAGAAUAUGCUAAUUAUGAGGCUUUAAUGGAAGUUAUUUCAGCAAAUGAUCCAGCAAAGCAGACGUGAUCUUGUGAAUCUCUGGUAUGGAAAUGCAUCCAAACUGGUUUGUGGCAAGCACAUUUGCCUGGACUCACCUGUUUUAAAGUGUCUCUGAUUAUGAAAACGGGCCAAGUUUGCAUAUUUCUAAACAGCUGUUUAGAAGAUGACGUGAUGCUUUGGGAGAGACACUGCUGCUUCAGGUAGAGAAUAUUAAGCAAUCUUUCACUUAGACUUGAUUCUAGCUUUGUUUCCAUUCUUGAGUCAGCAGUGGUGCAGAAAUACAGAGCGGACCUUAUUCUUAUUCAUUAUUAAAAACAGAAAUUUAAUAUAAACUUUGCCAUGUGUAAAUGAAAGUGUUCCUUUAAUCCACAGUAGACUGAAAGAUCGUCUUGGCAGAAGUUGGUGACAGGGUUUAAUGUAUCCAUUUAAUGUCCAAAGUGGGUUUAUCCAUUUCUAUUUCUCACCAUGCUCCCUGCAGCUACCUCCCACAGGGUCCGAAGGGUCUUCAGCCUCAAAAAACAGAAGUUUAAAGAGCACAGUAGAAAGGGGAGAUCAGUAAUAAUCACCUCCCAUGAACACACAAUUAUGCCAAUAAGAAUGCUGCCAGUGGGAGCAAAGCCCAGAUUAAUCAUACUCAGUGCUGUAACAAAGCUAAAGUGUGUUAUCACACUUGAAAAUUUAAUCUAAAACUUUGAAUUUUAUUUUUGUUUUCUAUGGGUUUUCCAAGUUAAGUAUGUUUAUAAAUAUAAUUUCUGUGUUGUAAAACUUCCAUUUAUAACA